AGCAUGGGUGUGCAUGGAAGCAUGGCGCCUGGUUCAUGGAGUAGGGAGAAAGCGCCUCUGGGAGAUGCGUCGUCUUUGCCAACAUGGAGCCAAGGUACCUCUGCCCCCGAACAGCCACCAGAAGGGUAGGAGAAAGUCAUCAGUCCAUUCGGCAUUGGCUUGGCUGAAAGACUUUGCUGCAAAAUGUGGAGACAGGAUGCCUGACUCUCCCAAAAUACACCUGCCUUCUUGUCACAGCAGAAUUUCAGUUUAUGAAAUGAUGAAAGCAGAACUGAGUGACUUCAAUGUCAACAUUUGCAGCCAGACGCACUUUCUGAAAUUGUGGAGGGAAGAGCUUCCUCAUCUUGUCAUACCAAGUAUUAAUAGGUUUGCAAAGUGUGACAUGUGCACUUCCAUCAAGUCCAAGCUGCAAAACUGUUCAGAUUCCAAACAACGUAGCCAUCUGUGUAAAGCCCGUGAACAACAUCUCCAACAGCAGAGAGCUGAAAGGGAAAAAUACUACAAGCAUCAGAAAAAGGCCAAGGCUUAUCCUGGAAAGUACUUGUCAGUGAUCAUAGAUGGGAUGGACCAGAAGUCUACAUCGAUACCACACUUUGUGCAGGAGGCAAAGUCAACGAAUGGGGCGUGGAAGUUACCAACGCAUGUCACCGGGGGUAUAGUCCAUGGUCGUGGUCAACACGCUUUCAUUGAUUUGAACGAAUUCCCCCAUGAUCCCAACCUCACCAUCACAGUCCUCCUGCGGAUACUACAAAAAUAUGCCUCCAACUUGCCCAAAGUCCUGUACCUCCAGCUAGAUAAUUGCGGGCGUGAAAACAAAAACAAAUACGUUUUUGCCUUCCUGAGCCUUCUUGUAGAGCUUGAAGUCUUCAAAAAGGUGAAGGUGAGUUUCCUAAUGGUGGGUCAUACCCAUGAGGAUAUUGAUCAGUUUUUUUCACGUGUAUCAACAAGGCUUAAGAAAACCAACAUCCCAACUCUGGAUGCACUGCUCGACACAAUCCCCAAAUCCUUCAACAAGGGAGUGACAACAGCAGAGAGGUUGCAGCCAAUAUACAGCAGCAAGGAGUGGCUUGGUCCAUGCCUUGAGGACAUCAGCCAGCAUAGCAGACCUCAUGUCUUCCGGAUCACAAAGGGUCCAGAUGGUCGUGCACUCAUAUCAACAAAGAUGUGGUCAUCCUCCCCUGAAUGGAUUUCUCCAUGCGGUUCCCCUCAUCUCCUGACUCACCACCCAGAUGGAAUACCAGCCAUCAUCACGCCAAACUUCGACAAGGUGGAUCUUCCUCGUCUUGGCAAACAAAUUAUGAAGAUGAAGCCAUUCUUGACAGCUGAGGCAAUGGAAACUUGGAGGUCAACACUCGACCAGCUUCAUUUAGAAGACAGAGGUGAAGCAGAAUUCAACUGUCACUGGCCAUUGAUGGAUCUUCUGCUCACCGAAGAACAUGAGAAUGAGCUCUGCCUACAACUCUCUGGGUCUUCAAGCACAUAUCAAUCAGAGGUAGAAGAGGAAGUUCCAUGUCAAGUCUACAUCGGCCAAAAAAAGAAAAAAACAAAAUCCGUUCUGACAUCAGAGGGAAACAUGAGGGCAUUCUAUCUGGACCAAUACCACCAAGAAUGGCCCCAGAUUGGCAGAGUAGUAGACACCAUACCAGGAGAGCUACAUGUACAUUGGUACACUGGUACUGCCACGUCACAGUGGGACCCACUCACCAUUUCAACAUCAGGAGAGCAACAAGCGUGGUUAGAGUGGGUCCCGGAGUCUGCUGUCAUCACUGCCCCAUUUGAACUUACAAGAACAUCUAAACUAUCAGGUGAAAUGCAAGCAGAGCUCAGGGAAUUAAGGAAUAAAUACAUAGUUUGAUUUAAGGAUAACGGACAGUGUUUGUCAGGGGCAUGGAUUCUUAAGAUAUAAACAAAAUGUUAAUUUGCAAAAUGCGAUAUGUCCACAGAGGUGGUUCAGUAAAACGCUGUUUAUUCUCCAAAUGUUUACAACAGUUUUAAUUCAUUUUUAUUUCGGACAUUGUUAGGAAUCAGUAUAGAGUGUAGCGAUUCGAACGCGUCAAUUUCAUUUAUUAAAAAAAAAAUCAACAUUAAGAAGAUAUGAAUACAUAGAUUUCUGAUCACCUACCAAACUACCAUUCGUCAAAAAUGUACGAACGUAUGACUUCGAGUUUUGUUUUCUAGGCGCGAAUAAUGGCGCUAUUUCAACCCCAUUUCAUUUUAUUAGAUCGAUAUUUAUCGAUUACAAAGAUUGACCAUGGACAGUGAUACGUUUGAAAUUGAAAAAAUGUAGUGUUCGUUUCAAGAAAUUAUACCGGUUGAAGAAUAGUAUGCGCCCGCCCAUACAAAUUUGGGUUACAAAAUUACACAACUUCACUGAUGAGGAGGACAAUUUUGCAUGCGUUUUAGACCAUUUUGUGCCAGUUUACCCAACUUUGAGUAUCAAUUUCCGGUGAAAACAUGAUUUUCAUGUGAAUUUUGGAAGCAUGCAUGCAGACUUCACUAAUUUUCUAUUGGGGAACCUCAAAUUAGACAACUGGUUUGGCAAUUUCAGACAUUGCUGAACACAUAUCACCAUCAAAAUAUAUUUUCUUUUUUCGAACGGGUCAGGUUCACGGAAAGAAAAUCUAGUUACAAAACUAGGAACAAAAACUUUUCAAAAUUAGACUCAGUGCUGUACAAGCGUAAAUUUCGCGGAAAUGUAUUAACAUUUCAUCAUAUGAAAGGAAAUUUUUCUGGAGAUCAACUUAUGCAAACAUGGCUGUUCAAAAACUGUGCAUGCGCGAGAAAUUUGAGUCUCCGUCAUUGCAAUAUUCUCUCACGAUAUCGUAGCUUCUCAUUUGAGGAUAUUAUUCUUCUUGCUGUUUUGAGGCGCAUGAUAAUUACUUACGCACGAUAUGCUCAUUAGCGACGUGCAGCGGUCUGACUGUAUAUCUCAACUGUUACAGCUGUGAAUUUCAAUCUUGGUACUACUAGGCAUCACCAUAGUGAGUAGGUUUAGUAGGUCAAAGGUCAUAUAAGUCAAUAUGCAUGAAAUUAGGCUUGGUAUCACCAUAUCUCAACUAUUUUGUUUGCAUGACUAAUAAGAGGAUAAUAAAGUGAUCAGACCUUUCGGCUUGUUGGUCAAAGGUAAAUAAAAUUAAAUUCAAAUUUUAAUUGUAGGCUUUAAUUCUGGUUAUCACAUUAUUUCAAGAACAGCUUGAGCCAUGAAAUUGACUGAAUUUAGGCAGAGGCAUGUAGCAGACGCAGUACAGUUGCAUUCAUCUUGUCGAUAUAUAAAGUUGAAAGUAUUUGGAGAUUAGGUUAUAUUGCAUCUUCUUCAUUUAUUAAAAUGUUAUUGAUUCAGCUUCAAACUAUGUGAAGCUUUUGUUUUGCAUGCUUCUCUUGUGUGAUUUCCAUUGCCAUGUACCCACCCUGCUUGACUCCACAUCAUUCACGGUAUGUGGUGUGUAAUUCUAUUCAUUCGCAGUACUUAAUGAAUUCAAACUUUUUUGGUGUAUGGAUAAUUUAAAAAAGGAAAGAAUUAAGACAAUAUUGUACAAAGAGUACUAGGAUGCAGGAAGCUUUCAAAUGGUAUUUUCAUCAACUUUAUUUGGACAACCAUAUAUUUCAGGGAUGAAAACAAUUGGAUGCUAUUUACCAAACUCAUGAUUGAGUUGAGCUUUUAACCAAGAUGAACGUUUAUUGUAAAUAAUUAUGUACGUCUUAGUUGUAUAAGGUUUAUCUAUUUUCGUAAAUAAUGAAUGAUACCAGAUUUGAGCAUUUGGUGAAGGGUCAUUAAAUUGGCCUGGGUUAAAUUCAAUGGAUUUGAAAUUUGGUCAAAGGGGAUAAAAAUUUCCGGUUUGGCAUUUGGUCAAAGGGGAUACAAAUUUCAGUUAGGCUUUCAGUCAAAGGGGAUACAAAUUUCAAGUUUGGCAUUUGGUCAAAGGGGAUAAAAUUUUCCGGUUUGAUAUUUGGGUCAAAGGGGAUAAAAAAAUUCUGGUUUGACAUUUGGUCAAAGGGGAUAACAAAUUCUAGUUUGGCGUUUGUUUAAAGAGAAUAAAAAUUUCCGGGUUUUGGCAUUUGGUCAAAGGGGAUAA